AGUGAGUUUAACCUUUACCCUGAAGCAGUCAGCUUUUGCUUAGAGGGCUCUAAGCUUGUCUACCCCACAUGGAGCCCAAAGAAGCUACCGGGAAAGACAACCUGGGCUCCAAGAGAAAGAACCUGACCUUUCUGAGGUCCAGACUCUACAUGCUGGAGAGAAGGAAGACGGACACUGUGGUUGAGCACAGUGCUCCCGGGGAGCACGCUGGCCCCCUGAGGAGGAGCCAGUCGGACAGGACGGAGUACAGCCACAAACUACAAGAAAAGAUGACUCCACAGGCCGGAUGCUGUGAAGCUGAGACUCCCGCCCAGGAAGAUGAGCAUCAGCUGGUGAGAAUGAUGGCAAAGCGGUCAAAAAUCAUUAAGGAGCUGAUGCAGACAGAGAAGGACUAUGUCAAUGACCUAGAGCUGUGUGUGAGGGAAGUGAUUCAGCCUCUGAGAAAUAAACAGAUUGAAAGGCUGGACGUGGAUGGUUUGUUUAGCAACAUGGAAUCCGUGCAUCAGAUAUCAGCCAAGCUGCUGUCACUGUUGGAAGAGGCCACAACAGACGUUGAACCAGCCAUGCAAGUAAUCGGAGCAGUGUUCUUGCAGAUUAAAGGUCCGCUGGAAGAUAUUUAUAAAAUCUACUGCUAUCAUCAUGACGAAGCGCACAGUGUUCUGGAGUCUUAUGAGAAGGAGGAGGAGCUGAAGCAACAUCUGAGCCACUGCAUCCAGUCCUUAAAGAGAAUAUACAUGGACGAAAUCCAAGUGCGGGCCGUGAAGACAUUCCAGAAUGAACCAUUGUCACAUUACAUUCUAAAAUAUAAGAAGAAUGACGAAGAAGAAUCAAUUAAAGACAAACUGUCUAAACUAAGUAUUCAUUCAAUUAGCAAGAAAUCUAAAAGAGUGACAAAUCAUCUAAAGAUUCUGACCAGAGGAGAAUCACAGGUAAAAGACAAUACCUUUAACAGAGAAGAAAAGCUAUUUAGAUGUUUAGAAAAGACUGUGAGGCAUUUUGUGAAGAAUAUUUCAUUCUGUCUUCAACACAUACAGGAUGCCAUGCCCUUGACUCUACAGAGUAUACUGGAGCUCCAGGAAAUUUCCUACAGUAAAGACGAGGAAGAGAAUGGCUAUUCAGAGACCCCAAGUAACACCCCAAAUCCCAGUGAUGACUUUGCUGCUCAGUUACAGAAGAUCGUUCUGACGCCAUUGUCAGCCUUACUGUCCUUAUUCCCGGGGCCUCAGAAGCUCAUCCAAAAGCGCUACGACAAACUGCUGGAUUACAACAGCUACCGGCAGCGGUCCGUAGGAGAAGAGUCCGACCUGGCCAAAAAGGAGUAUGAGGCGCUCAAUGCCCAGCUUGUGGAGGAGCUCCAGGUGUUCAACCAGGCUGCUCGGAGGAUUCUCCUGGACUGCCUGCGCAGUUUCCUUACUCUCCUCAGGGACCUGAUGCGAGCGGCCCAGGGUGCCUAUUCAGAGGUGGUUCAGGUACCACUGUUGGUCUCGAGCAUCUCUGAGGCACAGAAUCGUGUGCUGGAAGAGGUUCAGAAUCUGCAUUUCGUAAAGGACAACAGUGCCACCUUUAUUGAGAGGAAGCUCAGCUUUGAAAAGAAGAAAGCUGUGCAAAUUCUGCCAGAAAUACCACGUCAGACUGACAUUCACCGCUCCAAACUUCUAUCCACCUACAGUGCAGAGGAGCUGUACCAAGCUAAGCGCAAAUGCAAUGCUACCCAGGAAUACGACAUCAACCUUCUGGAAGGGGAGCUGGUGGCUGUGGUGGAACAGAAAGAUCCACUGGGGAGUACAAGCAGGUGGCUUGUUGAUGCAGGAAUUGUAAAAGGAUAUGUAUAUUCCUCAUUCCUAAAGCCCUAUAAUCCAGCAAGAAUGGAGAAGUCUGAUGUGGACAACAGGUUCUGUGACAAUGACUUUGAUAACAUCAGCCUCUUUGUGUCUUCACGGCCAGCUGGAGACAGUGUCACGGGCACCCCAGACGGCAGCAUAAGUGACAGCAGCUCAUCUCUGAGUGGCACGUGUGGAAAGCUUGAAGCAAAUGGCACUGACAUUGAUAGUUUUCAAGAGGUAGAUGAACAGAUAUUCUAUGCUGUUCAUGCCUUUCAAGCACGGAGUGACCAUGAACUCAGCCUUCAGGAGUACCAAAGAGUCCAUAUCCUUAGAUUUUGUGACCUUAGUGGCAAUAAAGAGUGGUGGUUAGCUGAAGCUCAAGGGCAGAAAGGAUAUGUACCUGCUAACUACCUUGGGAAGAUGACUUAUGCUUAAGAAAAUAAGCACUUGACUUUUAUUUUAUAUCCAAGCUGUUGAUUGACUACCUCAUAAAGCUAACAUUACAAAAAGUUGGCCCAGGAAGCAAGAAGCCUCCAAGUGACAUGACUUGAUUCUGUAUACAGUUUUAAGAAGGAUGGCUCUUCCUAACUAGAUUAUUCCUGGCUGUAUUAAGAAGAUUUGUUGAAGGAAACACCAGACAGAUGCUGCAGCACAGCCCAAGCUCCAACUACCAACGACUUCAGAGUGAAAAACUUUUGAAAGACUAAAUAUGACCUUUUAUCAUCAAGACAGGAUGAGUGUAAGGAUAAGUGUUUUAAAUUUACUGCUCAAUUAGUUUUAUUGUGUUACUUUUCUUCAUAUAUGUUUUUUUCCCCUUUCUUAUUGUGUUAGUCUGGAUAAACUAGGGAAACAA